AUGACUGCUUCAGUACCUAAAGCUGCCCUCGUGGUGGAUUUCAUUUGUCUCUUUACACACGAUCUGAAGAGAAAGCAAAAAAGGUGGCAAGAUGGAGUGCUAAAAUAUCACACGUUCAACAAGCGAGUUAUGGUGUAUGAUGAUCGCAACCACUUCAUAGGCGAUGCUCAUUGGCAAGAAGGUGGUGACCUUGAGCCUGGUGAUGAGUUUGAGCUGGAUCGUGGUGCAGCGAUUGUUCAAGUUUCGGAUUGUACUGGACAACGAGAACAGGAUCUCACAGAGCUACUGGACAAGCGCGCAAAGGAAGUCGAGAAGCGCCGGACAAAUGCUGGGACAACGCGAACACCAGGAUCGACUGCAGCAGUAACUCAAACACCAAGAAACGACCAAAAUGCCCCCCAUUUUCAACUCAGACAUCGCCCGCUUGAUAAUCUUGUUGGAGGAGCUUCGAGAAUUGGGAGGGCCGUCAUUUCACCCCACUCGCCGUUUGAGCAGCGCAAGAUGGCAGAGAGCCCAGGUCAGCAGCAAGAUUCACCAUCAGAAGACGCACGGCCAAGCAAAAGGAGAAGACGAGAGGAGUCGCCUCCGAGUAAGAUGGGGCAUGCUCGGGCUCUAUUUGGAACGACUUUAACUCUCACUCCGUUCUCGUCUUCAAUACCCUCAGCUCGAAGUCAACCAUUGCAUGAUAGGGUUGCUGCAAGGCCAAAAGUUGCACCACCUGGCUCACGAGAUGGCACAUCAAGGCGUGCUGAUGGAAGCUCAAAAUCACCACCGCCUUCUUCUAACCCUGAAGAGGCGGAGACCAGCACUCGUCAGGCUGCACCCCGUCGAGUUCUUACGCAACGGGCAUCGUUGAAGGAGCUGCUGGCAGGCAAUGAGCACAAUCGAACCAGCGAACUUCCUCGGGCUCGAGAACCUCUAUCGAAGAAUCGCACGAAAACCCCAAAGCCGGUGAAAUCUCGGCAACCGCCUCCCGAAGAAUCACCAGCAGCUGACGAUGAAGCAUUUCUCAUUUGGUUGGCGGAAAGUGAGGAUUCUCCAGCCAUGGAACAAGCAUUGGUGCCACCUGCGGACAACCGCCCACCACGCCCGAAGAAGGCAAGGAGUGACUCUGUUCCAGCAAUCCAAAGGUCUACAAAGGAGUCUACCCGAAAGGUCGCCCAAAAACCCAUCGUUGUCGAUGAAGAUGAGGAUGAGGUCGUGGAGGCACUACCGCAUCCAAAGACUUCCCGAACCCGCCCCGAGAGCGCUGUCUCAAACACGACCAAAAGAAAAGAACCGAGCAAAGCGGAACAUCAGGGAACGAAGCGAUCACUGAGUGCCGAUAUAGCAUCCGCAACAGAAUCCGAUACGGAUAAACCUCAUCCUGCGAAGGAACCACGGACAGAGCUUAGGAUCAGACCAACGCAGCGGCGCGGGCUGCUCAUGAUGGCUCAAAGGAAAGAAGGAAGUCGACCAGGCUCAGCGGGAAAACCAGCCCCCCCCUCAUCAGGAGCUGGAAGCGACAUGCAAAAAACAUCGCAUACCAUCGCCCGCGCUGCCUCGAUUUCAGAAGAACCCCCAGCUACUGAGAGGAUGAAGACAAAGGCGACCGUUUCGAAAAAGCGAAAAGACUCAGCUAAGCCGAGUGAGCUUCAUCACUCCGUGGAGGAGCCUUAUGGCCAGUCAAUCACGAUUCAUAACUCGAAUACAGAAGAGCCGGCCCGCGAGAAGGACUCAGAUAUUGAAUCCGAAGCCCUGAAAGAGCCAGAGGUCGAACUUUUACCAACCAACGAUGCAAUUUCAGCCAGUGGGCUUUCUGGAGAUAGGAGAUCCCCUACAUCUCCUCGCCGACGGAUAAAUCCAAGCCGACGCACACGAAACAGGGCAGCCCCUGUUGUGCUCAGUGACAACGAAGGCGAGACCUCAGCAUUCGAUUCUCCAGCAAUAUCUGACGAUGAAGAAGGCUUGUCUCUUGCGUCGAAAGCUAGUCGAAAACCUGAGCCUAAGCCCAGUUCUGGCCCACGUAUCACCAAGAUGUCACGGAAAAGCGUCAAGAGCAGAGAAAUUAUUGGUUUUGUUAUGCCAGAUGAAGGCUUUUCGAUGGGAGGUUUCAACGUCGGUCAUGCUGAGCCGGCUGAGGUCAAAAAGCCAAGUAACGACCUGAAAAUAGCUGAGAAGCCUCCUGGCCAAGCUCGCGAUACAACAGUGGUACCAACCAACCAUAAGUCUGUCAGCGACGGACUUGAAGUGGAACAACUACAAACGGAUAAGAAAGAGCCUGAGAAGGAGCAACCCCCAACAAAAUCAAAGGUACCUGAACCAUCACAGUCUUCAGCGAAUACGAAGGAACCAGACAUAGUACCGCGCUCCACGAAUAGCAGAGCAUCUGAAGCUGCAGAAUCUGCGUUGCAAGGAAAAGAGAGUGAAACCGAAAUAGCACGACCCCCAACGAACGCAAAACAGCCCGAAAUAGGUCAACCAGCAACAAGGGUGCCAGGGAAGGAAGCCAGCGCAUCGAAAACAGGUUCGAGAGACCCUAAGGUACAAGAAUCCUCAGCCAAAGAGAAUGAAUCCAAAGAAGUACAGCCUGCAACAAGUGAGAAAGAACCAGAAAUAGUACAUCCAUUGACGAAGGAUAAAAACACUGAAGCAGAAGCCCCCUUAACGAGUGGGAAAAGGCUCGAAGCAGCACAGCCACCAGCCAAUGGAAAAGAACAACAAGAAAAGCAACGACCGCGUAUUGUGAACCCUGCGACUAGAGUAAUCCGGACUGACAUUACCUCCGCGUCUGAGCUGUCAACCAACGGCUUUAUCUAUAUUCUGUUGAGCAACAACGGAUGUACUAGAGGUUUGAUGAUUGAGAGGCUACUGGCCAGUCCCAAGCCUGUCGAAGAACAAGAAACCGCUCUGCACGACUCGAUCCUCGGGGUCAAUGCUUGCUUUGUUUGA